GCUGGGGAAUGGUCUGGCUAGCGAGACUAAGAAAAGAUCAAGUUAUAACUCAGCAAUGCUCCUAAUGCUACCAGAAGGGUUUUACUGGGGAAGUUGGAAGGAGAUUCAGCUAAAAAAUAUGAGGAAAGACUAAAGGAGAUUUAUGAAACAAGCUGUGUUGAUCAGUCAAGGGAACCAAGUUUAGAACAUGGGGAAAUUGUUAAUGGCAUGGUUGAUGAAGAGCACUAUAUAGCACAAGCUACAGAUAAGAACGAUGAUGGUGAUUCAGUUCUGUCACCAGGAGUUAAGUUUCGAGAAGGACAUGUAUAUAGGAGUGGUGCAAACAAAUGUAAUACCAUUAUUGAACAUCAUGAAAUGAUGAAAGAUAAUUUUGAGGAAAUUAAUGUAACAUUUCAAACGAUGAUUUUUGAAUUUCAAGAUAGUUUUUCUGAGGCUGGCAUACCAGUUGAGAAACUCCUAAAGUUCCUCAUGUGUUUCCCAGGUCUUAAAGAUCAAUUGGAGCAGCUUAUGGAGCCACGAAAAAUUCGUGACAUUGUAGAAGUGCUAAAGACAGAGUGCAGUAUCGUCAAUGUAAAGCCUUUUGAAACAUUGGCACGUUCAUUUAAUGUGGAAAAGGCAUCAAAGGUUGUCAGGGACUACAAAAAAGCAGUUACCGAGUUUCGAAAAUCUGUACGUCAAUAUUGUCACUUUGAUCAAGAAGCACAACAAAAAAAUGAUGGCCGCCUGAAAGCCGUAUUUGUUAUGAGCUGGGAUGCAAAAGAUAUCCUUGAUGUUCUUGGAGAACUGAAAAGUUGUCAUAUUCAAGUUGAUUACAGCCAAACUGGUCGACCUAUUGUAAUUUGCAAAUGUCCUGUCACUGAUAUUGUAUUACUGAUAGCCUUUGUUCUUGAGAAAAUAAAGAUUUUGAAGGAAAGGGGAUUAAAGGAAUUUUUAGUUGGAAAGUGCACCAUAUGGGACAGCACAGUUGAUGAGUUUUUGUCAGUUAUAAUAAAAGAAAGGAACAAAGAAGGUGUUCAGAGAGAAAUAGCAUCCCUGAAAGAACAGUUGGCUGCUAGAGACAACCAAAUAGAAGAAUUUCAAACAGGUAAUCAAUAA